AAAAAAUUGAGAUCAUCAAGUGAACUAGUACCUAGUAUAAAUAAAAAAAAUUAAACCCAUAUUAAACUGUGUAGUUUUAUUAAUACAUAUAUAUUUAAUUUCGGAUUAAGCUGUUGGUUUGAAUGUUAAGAAAUGUAAAUUCCAUAAAAAAAACGUCAUAAAGCAGAAUUAUUGAUGACUUUUUUAAUCAAUUUUAAAAGAUAAAAAAUUGCUUCUACCUUUAAUAACAUCCGAAGAAGAGUUUAAAUUAUGUCUGCUGAGAAUAGAAAUUCUGUUAAAUUAUCAAAAGCCAGCACGUACCUUUCGGGCGAAGAAAAUGAACUUGUUUUUCGAUUACUUGGGAGACGUUGUCAAAGUCAAUGCACAACAGUAGCUCAAAUUUAUCAAACAGAAGCUCCUCACACACGAUGGAUGAAGCGAUAUACAGGAGCUUUGUGUUUCGUUAAGGACAAUAGUAACCGUUCAUAUUUUGCAAGACUGUUCUGUCUUGUAAAACACGAAUUAGUUUGGGAACAAGAAAUGUAUGACACGAUUGAAAUAAAUAAAGUUAAACCAUUCCUAUUAACAUUUGAGGGACAGGAUGGAAUGGUUGCUUUAAAUUUCGCAUUUGAUGACGAAGCUGAAACAUUUUUAAGCACAGCAAUAAACACUGUUCAAAGUCGCAACAGAAGAAGAGAAGAACGAAGAAAUCGCAUAAGAAAAGAGCCGCCUGCAAGACCCCCACCCAUAACUACUACCGUAUUAUCCGAAGAACCUGUAAUUUUAAGAAAUCCAAGUAGUAUAACUAAAAUAACUCCAAACCAGUUUCAACCACCAUAUACCCAACAACCAUCAUCUUUAGGCAAUGCCAAAACAAAGAAACGCGAAGUAAAAAAAAUUACGAAAGAAGACAUUGGUCUUCCGUCUAACUUCAAGCAUGUAACUCAUGUUGGCUGGAACGCAAAAAGUGGAUUUGAUUUAUCUGGAGAAGAUGAAGCAUUAAAACCAUUUCUUCAAAAAGCUGGAGUUUCGGAGAAUCAGUUAAAAGAUAGAAGAACUAGAGAUUUUAUAUAUGACUUUAUUCAGUCUAAUAAUGUUGAAGAGAUUGUUCGGAAGGAGACUAAAAAACCGGCUGCUCCUUCUGUUCCAACAAGAAAUCCACAAAAUAAUGGAGAAAAACCAAUACAUCGUUUAGCUCCCCCUCCACCUCCACCACCAGUUCAACGCGAUUAUCAGCAAAAUUCUCGUGAUAUUUCUUCACACAAAAAUCAAGCACCAACUUUACCAAGUCCUCAAAUAGUUGUUCGAAAUACGCAACCAAAAUCUAAUUCAAACACUGCACCACAAGCACCACCACCUCCGCCACCACCAACUCAAAUCAAUAUGCCACCUCCUCCACCUCCCAUGAAAGAAUCAACUGCAGUAUCAAUUAUUCCUGAUGCUCGAAGUGCUUUGAUGGAUAGUAUUCGAAAAGGAGCACAACUUAAAAAGAUCGAUGCUUCAUCGACAAAUUCAAAUACUGGUGGAGAUUCGCGUAACGAUCUAUUGUCUGAAAUUAGAGGUGGAAUAGAGUUACGACCAGUAAGUGAUCGCUCAAAUAAUCAAGCUAAUCGAUCAAGUGAUGGCAAUGGAACUGACGCGUUGGCGGAUGCAUUAAGAAGAGCUUUAGAACAACGAAAAACAGCAAUCAAUGGAACAUCGUCCUCAGAAUCUGAGAAUGAAAAUUCAGACGACGGAGAGUGGUCGGAUUAAAUGUUAUUUUUGUUUAAAUGCAAUUUUUUUAAAAAACUUUAUAUUCAAAAGUUAUCUUAUCUUAUAAACCUAUAUUUGGUAAAUAUUGUUUACACUGUUAAUUUUGUCAUUAACAUAAAUUAGAGUCAUGGGGGAAAUGGAUUUGUUAAAAAAAAAUACUAAUAUUUUUAUUGAAUUGUGUUAAAAUGAUAAAUAAAGUGUGGUAAUGUUAGAUAACAUUUUAAUGAAAUUUAAAAAAAAAAAGCUAUGCUCCUCUGAAUGAAGUCUUUACUGUUUAAAAUAAUUAAUUGGGGCUUUCUUGUGCCAAAAGAAUUUAAAACAUUAAUAUAUCAACUAAAAUUAUCAUUACAAAAUCUGUUUGAAGAAUCAAUUGAUUUCGACUAAAAUUCAAUAUUCAAUUAGUGCCUAAAUCUUAAAUUUCUGUUUUCUGAAAAAGCAUGCAUACAAUGCAUGCAUGUAAUAAUGUAAUAUUAUUUUAAAUCUUCUAAUCCAUUCUAUUCAUAGCCAUUCUCUAAGUUAAUAAAGGAAUUUUUCAA